AUGUCGACACAACAUAGUACGCCUUAUGUACCUGCGUUACCAACAUUCGGUGACUUGUACAAUUCAGGACAUGCGCACAGUCAUAAUCGUGAAUAUGAAGGCCUACUUAUUGUGGCACAAGAACUAAAUAAGCCAAAAUCAGAAAUACAGAAGUUUGAAGGGAAUCCAAAGGACUACCAGAGAUUCAUUAGACAGUUUAAUACAAGGGUGUGUGCUAAUACCAGCUCAUAUGAAGAACGUUUGAACUUUCUUCUGCAAUUUACCAGUGGUGAGGCUAACAGAAUAGUGACUGGAUAUUCACACUUAAAUGCUGAAGGCGGAUAUAAGGCAGUGAUGGAUGAAUUCAAAGAUCGAUAUGUAUUCCUUACCGAGUGUCAGCAUGCUGUCAAUAACGUAGCCAGCGCUAGAGCCUUAGAGUAUCCAGAGAACAUGAAACUUAUUGUAAAGAAACUUCCGUUCUACUUACAAGAAAAGUGGCGAAAUGUUGUGUACGAGCUCAAAGACAGAAGAGAAGUUGUGAAGUUUGAGAACUUAAAGCUAAAAAGGCCAACGACCCUAUCUAUGGAAGAGAAGUGA